AUGGCGAGACAAAAUUUCAUUGGGAUGGUCGUGUCCCAGGGGAAGAUGCAGAAGACGGUUAAGGUGCGGAUCGAGAGGAAAGUGUUCGACAAGAGAAUUAAUAAGGAGCUGUUCCGUCGGAAGGAUUUUCUGGUGCAUGACGAGGAGGAGAUAUCGAGGGAAGGCGAUAUGGUGAGAAUUGAGGCGACGAGGCCGCUUUCGAAGAGGAAAUUCUUUUCCAUUGCGGAGAUCAUCAAGAAUAAAGGUCAGCAAUUUGCACAGUUCGAGUCGAAGGCCAAAAUUGACGUUGCCAGGGAGGAGGCAGUGAAAUCGCAGGAGUUUCUAGAUAGGAGGUUGCAAAGGCAGGAAAGUGACACGGAUGGCGUUCUUUUAAGAGACAUAAGGACUAUCCAACUGGCUCUCACCAACAGCGACCAGUCCCCUGAGGAGUUGGCCAAGAUUAAGCAAAAGUAUGGCAUCCAAGAAUUUUCGCCGGCAACGGUCAAGCAGCUGUUGCAACUGGAUAUAUCGUCCAUGGAGGAGCAGCUAGAAACGAAGAGAAACAAACUAGACAAUAUGCAACGGAGAUUACAAGAGUUGAUCACUGACGAAGAUGCCAGCACUAAGUUUCUAAACGACCACGGAAUCGCUGAUCCAAGUGUCCUGCAGAAGAACAUCAGAAAAAAUAUUAUUAGGAAACAUCUUUUGAAAGAGCUUUAA